AUGAUGAAGCAGCCACACAGCCAUAGCGCCUCAAUCUCAUCACCACAACCAAGACUUGUGUGUAAAGGUGAAUGUAACAUCACAGCAUGUUCGGAUCCUAAGGCAGCUGAACGUAUUGUGGUUCCCAUCAGUGUUAAACCAGAGCCAGAUUUAGAUCCAUCUUUUCUCUCACUUGAGUUGCCCUCGAGAGAAUCUGAAAUCAGUCUAGAUGAUCAGAAGAUGAAGUUUGAUCUUUUGAACCUCAAAUUAGAGAUUAAGUCUGAGAUUAAGUCUGAACUGUCAACUGAUGAACCUAUUUCUUUUGAGGUUGCUGAGACGAUUGUGGACCCAUUCAAAGACUGUUUGGUCAAACCUGAGAAUGAGCAGGCACACAACCAUGAUAUUCCAGAACACUCAGAAGACAGUCUAGGUGUAUUCUCAGAAGAAAGUGUGCUGUAUCCAACACCACAAGCAAAAGAUCACCACAACAAUUCUGAGGUGUUGGUGCUUAAUGAGCCUGAAGGAUUAAAUCAGGAAGGCCGUGUUUGCCAUCCUCUGAGGUAUAGAAGCCAAGUGCAAAAGAAACACGUGAAACAACGACAACACAGUGAGAAAGAACCUUGUAAAGGCAGAAGAAAUAAAACCUGUGAAGCAAAGACCAAACCAAAAAGCUCGACCCAGCACGUCUGCUCGCUUUGUGGUAAUAUCUACGCUAACUCCCGCUGUUUGCGGACUCACAUGCUGAUACACACCGGGGAGAAGCCGUUUAUCUGCCCCACCUGUGGGGAAGCGUUUGCUCGCUCCGACAAGCUAAAAGACCACACAAGGAUUCACACAGGUCAAAAAAAGCCGGCCAGAAAGCCAGCCAAAAUGCAGACAUGCCCCUGUAGCGUGUGUGACAAGACCUUUACAAGCGCCUCCGGCCUCCGAAGCCACAUGCGCCGGCACACACAGGAAAGGCGGUUUGCUUGCCACCUGUGUGAGAAACGCUUCGGCGAUAUCCAUGACAGGAACAAGCACAUUAUGCUCCACUCUAACAUCAAGCCUUUUGUUUGUACUUUGUGUGGAAACAGCUUCCACCGCCGGUGUACACUAGAGAAACACCAGCGUAUCCACACAGGCGAGCGGCCAUACAACUGUCCAGAGUGUGGGAAAGCCUUACGGUAUCAGUACUCUUUAACCGUGCACAUGAAGACCCAUAGAAAAUGA